AAGAUUCUCGAUUCUCAAUUUUGCCAUAGUGUAGGCCUAUCUCCAAAACUUUCUAAUUAUGGAAUAAAAAUUAAAAAGUUUCUGGCCGGAGAUAACGUAAUGCGAGCCAAACUGUUAUCUAUGGCUGUUAGCAACAGAAGUACAUAUCAAAC